AUGAGUCAACUGUUAGAGAAGAACAAUGGAUCACUCACAUCUGAUGAAGUUACAGUUACUGUUGCUCGAGUCAAAACUCUGAUUGUCAUUCGUCAACUUGAUGCACAACGUAAUAUUCAAGUUAUUCGAUUUCUCUACGAAGCCAAACAACUUACUGAAAUACAUGAAAAUCGCUCAUUGGAUCUUUCAACAGCAAAACUUCUUGAUAUUGAUUUUCGUGAUUCAGCAGUAAAUGGAAAGCAAUUGAAACAACUAUCAUUGGCUGGCAUGUUUCUAUCAAAUGCUACAUUCAUAGGCAUUGAAAUGGAGCACGUCAACUUCACUAAUACUCAGUUUGAAGCGGUUAACUUUUCAUGUGGUAUACUCCGCAAUGUCAGUUUUUCAUCUGCUAGCUUUGAUAAUGCUAACUUUUCAUCCGCUUUCCUUUUCAAUACUACUUUUUCAUACACUCGGUUGAAAAAUGUUAAUUUUUCAUCCACUCAACUCGAUACUGUUAACUUUUCAUUGGCCGAACUUGACAAUAUCAACUUUUCGUCUAUCCGACUUGAAAAUAUCGACUUUACGUUCGCUACACUCAAGAACAUCGAUUUUUCAUCCACCAAACUAAAACAUGUCAGCUUUUUGAACUCUUCGCUCUUCAAUUGCAACUUUUCAUUUUCUCUCUUGUCCAAUAUUAACUUCUCGUUCGCUCGGCUCGAUAGUGUCAAAUUUUUAUCGACUAACCUCUACAAUAUUGACUUUUUCAAGGCUUCGUUCUUCAAUACCAAUCUAUCAUUAGCUCGACUUGAUAGUGCUGAAUUUUCGUCGGCACAGUUCUACGGCGUAAACUUUUCAUUAGCUUUCCUUUUUGAUGUCAAAUUCUUAUCUGCUCUGCUCGACGAUGUCAAAUUUGUAUCAGCUGAGCUCUAUAAAGUUAGCUUUUCAUCUGCUGUGUUCAGUUAUACUGAUUUUUCAUCCGCUACUGUAGGUAAUAUUCACAAUAGUUUUGCUCUUUUUUUCAUAAUAAUCUAUUUUUCGAUUGAACUUUUAGCUUCAGCCGAUUUCAGGAAUGCGAGAAUGUCUCACACAAGCUUUGAACAAACUACUUCUAUUGCAGCCAAUUUCACUUCUGCUAAUUUAUUCUACUCUAAGUUCAUGAGCUCCAAUGUUAAGCGAGCUAUCUUCAAGGGAGCUGGCUUGAUCGAAGUUAAUUUUUCCCGUGCUAAUUUGUACAAAGCUGAUUUUACUGGUACUAAUAUUUUAGAGAGUCAACUGCAAAGUGCUCUCUCUAUUCAAGAUGUUUUAUUACCCAAUGGAAGACUUGAUCAUACUAUGAACUUGAUCAAAAAUGGCCAAGCUGAUUGCAACAUUUCUCUUGUCAACCAUUGGAUAUUACAAACUGGCAAUGUCACUACGAUGACGUCUGACAAGAAUGAUACUAACUGCCACUUCGUUUUGCAAUCAUAUAAUACGGGAGCUACUAUGUUACAACGUGUCAAUUUAUCAGAUCAGUGGGACUCGAAAUCUUGGCCAUAUUCCCAAGCCGUAUUGAGUGCAAGUAUGAGCAUCGGUAUAUCCAUCCAACUGAAAGGAAUCAGCAACAUCGGACACAUUCGUGCUCAGCAAAAAUUAAGUAAGUUUCAGUAUACUAACACCAACUACGGCACACAUUUUGUAUACAGAUUCAACUAAAGAGAAUAUCAGUCUGGCUUUGGAUGAUAAUAUGCGAGAACUCGAAGUGUUUAUCGAGUUUAGUGCGCUUGACAAGCACAGCAAUCAGACAAACUACUGGUGUGAUGACAUCAAGCUCUUCAUCAUCUAUGGUACAUAUUUGGAAUUUUUACGAGGUAAGCAUGUUUAUAGGCAUUAUCUGAGAAGGACUCAGAAUCUGUAGGCGUAAGGCUGUUGAAUACUUCAAGUUAAAGUGUUUUGUUGACGAGAAAAAAAUUCUUGAUUUCAUGAGAACUCGAUACUUUCUUCGAGACACUUUUUAAGUGGACAAAGCCAUUCCUAGCUCUUUACGUUCUAUCUCCGUAAUCAUUACUAAGUUGGAGUUUUUGUGAAGGACUAUUGUUUGUGAGUGUUGAAUAAUAUAGCGCGAAAUGUGAACCCGAACGACCAAUCUGCCGCAUAGACUGUGGUAAAUAUGGUGUUAUGGCAUUCUGAUUGCACCACGGACUAUGAUGGGCAUUUCAAAAUGCUACUUCCUCAGCUCUAUCGCAAACUCUGAAAUAGUGUGUCGGGAAUCUUGUUUACUAUAGUCCGAUCAAUCAAAAGUCCGAGUUGAAAUUUGAAUUUUUUUUAAUAUUCAUUUUAUUUUAUGAUAAUGUGUUCUCUUGUUUUUAAUAUACUAUAGACUGAUAUGGAUUGGUCAUAUCUCUACCAUUAUAAUCCACUACUCUCUAAAAAAAAAGGAGUUUUGCAGAACCCCCCGAAAAGGUUCUGUAGAUUUCUAAAAGCAUCCAAAUGUGUCCAAAGCCUCAAAAACGGCGUAAAAAAUUCGACAGAAACUUUUGGAGGUUCUGUGGAGUAGAGUCAAUGUUGGUAAAGCGAACGCUUUUUGAGGGUGCAUCUGUUCUCUCUCGUAUAUCUCUGUUAUUUUAAGGAGUAAAAUUUUUCUUUUUAUGUAGUUGGGAAGAGAAAUGAUUUCUCUAUCUACUCAUAUGAAAAAAAAGAUUCUAAGUGCCCUAAUGAUUGAGUAACUAGCGGUAUGCGAUGACACAUCUAAAACGUUCGCUUUAUCCGUCAUGUUGGCAAAGCGAACGCUAAGCAAAAAAUUUGUUGGUAAAGCGAACACUCCAGCGCAGAACAAGCGAAAAUGUCAUUAAUUAGCGAAUUUAAGCAUUCCUGCUUGAAAAUUUCAAUAUUUCUUUUUUUUAAUGACAUGAUUCGAUUCCUCUCCUUGAACUCUAUCUAAUUCCAGCGGUUCAGCUCAAUCGAAUGUAUUUUCGAUUUUUUAUUGAUUUUUUAAAAAUAUACUAGGUGUUCGCUUUAUCUGUAUGUCAGAUAAAGCGAACGUUCAGCAAGAAAAUGUUGGUAAAGCGAACGCCCUAGCCAUUUUUGUUAGAGAUCAUCUACUUGAGAAUAUUUUUAUCAUUUUCGCUUCUCAGAAGCAAAAUUUACCAUGAUAACAUUCGACAAUUCUUUUUAGAACGCUUAGAUCUACUACUUGCCAGCGGUUCAAGCAAAACUAAUGAGUAUUUUUUUUGUGCGUUGCUCUCUCUUUGAUCUAUCGUCCUUCAAAGAAAACAACGCUGAAAAGGGCGAUUUUCAGUAUAUAAUUGUUUACUAUGAUUCCUACGAUAUAGGAAACACUAUAAGAGAGGCUGCAAUGGACGUUGCUCCUCUAGUGACUUCUAUAUAUCUAAUGAGUAAGUUAGAUAAAACUUUUUGUUUUGAAUGGAGCUACUAUUAUUGGUUUUAGCUUUUCUGCUAAUCAUGUAACAUCAUCUGGUUUUCCUCGUCCGACAACAAUCGAACAGGCUAUUCAACUUAUCGAUUCAGUACUCUCAAACAAUGACACCAAGAGUGCCGAUAAUAAUAAGUAUGUGCAAUAAAUUCUGCCUUUUCGGAAGAAACAACUAUGUGUUAAUGAACAUGCAUAAGUUAAUUUGAUUUCUAUCUCGUGUAAGCUUUAUGAAAGUGAUUAUUUUUUUCAGCACAAUUCUCAUGGUACCUUUCCUUAAUUCAAAUAUAAGCGAUAGCUAAGAUAUACUCAUGUCCAUUUUAAAUCACUUAACUUGCCAUUUUCUUUAAAAACCAUCUCGAUCUCAAUGCUCGUAUAACAAGAAAUACUCAUACUAUCUUUUCUUUCUAUUUAGUGCUUCAACACAAUUACAAGUAUUGAACGAUGCAGCUUCUUUAAAUACAUAAAUAACUGUUCCACCAGCAAUUAUAUCGAAUUUUUCUAACACAUCCACGUAAGUUUCUUUUUCUGAAACCGUAAUAAUCACAAUGUGACAUAUAGUGAGUCUAUCUCAUUGCAAACAAUGCCUACUUCCAGUGGAUUCUUUCUUGAUCAAUCUUCCUUACAUCGUCUUGAUUUGGAUCUUUUCAACAAUGAAAAUAAGUGAGUAAUAUUUUCUGUUAAACAAAACAAAUAAUCUUUUCUUCUACUUUUAGAAUGGAUGUUUUACAGUCUAUGGAAUAUAAUCUUGAACCUCAUCUUACGUUUUCUUAUUCCCCAUCUCAUGGCACAAAUAAUUUAUUUUUUAAUGGUGAAUGUUAUUGCUACUAACGUCUAUGCAUAUAUAUAUAUACAGGGUGGCCCAAAAGUCAUGUUACCCAAAAAAAAUUGAAUAUCUCCAUUAGGGCUUGAGCAAAUGAGCUGAUUUUUUUGUCAAUGAUAGAGGUAUGUUUAAGGUUUAUAUCCAUAAAGACAAGCCUAGAUAGACCGUUCGUUAAGUAUCACCAGUGAUCUCAACAAAAAAAUUU